CGCGCGGGCGGGCGCGCGCGGGCCGGCGUCCCCGGCGGCGGCGAUGGCGGCGGCGGCCUCGCAGCGAGACCCGGGCGACUGGCAGGACUUCUCGGGCUUCCAGCCCUCCGCGGGGAGCGGCCCCGAGGCUGCCCGCGACAAAGGCGGCUGGGGCGCUGCGGACUUGGGAGCGAAGCUGUCCCUCUGCUUUGAGCCCCCGCAGGCCCGGGCGGGCGGCGGCGGCGGCGAGAGCCGCGUUCCGCUGCGGCCGCUGACGGAGCAGAGCGCCCUGCAGGACGACGAGAUUUGGAAUGCUUUGACUGAUAAUUAUGGUAACGUAAUGCCUGUUGACUGGAAAUCUUCACACACCAGAGCUUUGCACUUGCCAACACUGAAUCUUUCAGAAAAAGGGGUAAAUGAUAAUUUGAACCUUGACCUGUCAGAUGAUGAAGAGCUGAGAGAACAAUUGGAUAUGCAUUCUAUCAUUGUUUCCUGCAUCAAUGAUGAACCACUCUUCACAGCAGAGCAGGUGAUUGAAGAAAUAGAGGAAAUGAUGCAGGAAUCACCUGAUCCAGAAGAUGAUGAAACGCCCACCCAAUCAGAUCGACUCUCCAUACUUUCCCAGGAAAUUCAGACAUUGAAGAGAUCCAGUACAAACAACAGUUAUGAAGAGAGAGUAAAACGAUUGUCUGUUGCUGAGCUAAAUGAACUGCUAGAAGAAAUUGAGACUGCUAUUAAGGAUUAUUCUGAGGAACUGGUACAGCAGUUGGCUCUGCGAGAUGAGUUGGAGUUUGAGAAGGAGGUGAAAAACAGCUUCAUUUCUGUCCUCAUCGAAGUACAAAACAAGCAGAGAGAACAAAAAGAAACAGCAAAGAAGAAAAAGAAGCUGAAAAAUGGUAGUCCUCAAAAUGGCAAACCAGAAAGAGGUCAUAUGCCUGGAACACGCUUCAGCAUGGAAGGGAUCUCAAAUGUCAUACAGAAUGGCUUCCGCCACACGUUUGGAAACUCAGGUGGAGAGAAACAGUACUUGACAACCGUAAUUCCUUAUGAGAAGAAAAAUGGACCCCCAUCUGUUGAAGAUCUUCAAACGUUAACUAAAAUCCUGCAUGCCAUGAAAGAGGAUAGCGAGAAAGUGCCAAGCUUGUUAACAGACUAUAUUUUAAAGGUUCUGUGUCCUACAUGAAGAGGGCUGCCUUUCAGAAUUAACAACGCUCCUUCCUGUGAUGAGAAGCUUUCCAUGGAUAUAACUCAGUAUUUUUUCAUUUGGCACUGUACCUAAACCAUUAUGCAUUUAUUUCCCUUGUAUGUGCGUGGGUUUUCUGAUCCUACAGUAAGUCUUCUGGGCAUGACAACUCAUCUGUUUUAACUUAAUAGUGCAAUGAACCGGAGCAGGGAACAAACAUUGUACAGUUUUACUCACAUUGUUCUGGCUUUUUAAAGUCUAUUUUUACAUUGUAUAGCAUGUAGUAAAUCCUCCUGCACAUUUUGCUGUUGGAAGGAGAAGUAAACUUUGAAUAGUGUAAAUAAAAUAAGCCUAGUUUUAAGGAAUCCAUAUUUGAUAGCAUCCUUAGUUCCUAUAGCAAAGAUCUAGGAAGGAUCAUGGUUGAACUUGGACUAAAAGAUUCAGAUGAGUUCUGCAGGAAGGACUCCACAGAACAAUGUUGGUGGAAGUCAGCAUUAAACAGAAACUUUGCUUGAACUUAACAACAGUAUUGUUAAUACAGUGAACAAACACCUGGAUUCUUUGAUGUUUCGGCAUAAGUAAUUGGUGUGUUGCCUGUCCUUGUUAACACAAUGUACUAUUUCAUAUUAGGUUUUAAUUUUAAUUACUAAUGUUCACAUGGCUCAUAUGUUCUCCCAUAUUGUUGCUAUAAGUUUACUGUUUUUAAUAAGUGUUUGAUCUUAAAGAGAGUGCUUCAAUAUGUAAACAUUUUUAAAGCCUUUAUCUUUUUAAAAAUACAUGUACAGUUUGAAAAACUUGCACCUGAGUUUCCAUUUAGUAUUAUAAUGAGACAUUGGUCAUUGUGUAUCUCUAAAUUUGACUACAAAUCUCUCUUGUAAAUUGUAUCUACUGUCUUUUCUGUGUUGAUAUAUCUUUAUUCAAACAGAUGAGAAUGUAUUUUACAAAUCCUGUAAAAGAAACAUACCCCAUAAUCUCAACAUGAAAUACUUGCCACAGAUAAUUGUGCCAGUCUGAAAGAGUAGACUGAAAUAUGGGUACUAAUAAAAAUAAAGGAACUGUUUUCUAGAUUGAAUUCCUAUUGAAUAUACACCCAGAUUUGUGUACUGUCUAUGAAAGGCACUGGGAUAUAAGGUUCUAAAGAGAUAAGCAUGUGUUUUCUUAAAAAGUUUUUAUUCCAUCUUUAAAGUCUUCGGUCUUCUUGUUAGUUGAGGAGGAAUUUUCUCAUAAAUGCCUUGUGUCACUGUCAUGGUUUGACUCAGGAUUGGCAAUUAAACCAACUCUCCCUCCCACCCAGGUAGGGAAAGAGAGAAUAAUGGAGGGAGACUCCCCAGAUUGAAAACUAAACUAGACAUCUUUAAUUAAAUACUAAUAUGUAAGAAAAUAUGUACAGUUAUAUACAAAUGUGUUCAGGACUGUGCAAAAUGCUGUUGCCUCUCCUCACCCCCAGCAAUUCCCACAGUGUCUCCUGAGCUGUGAGCAGUUCUAAAAUGUCCAAGACCUCUCUGCAUGAGAUAUCAGCAGAUCAGAGAGGAGCUGAGGGGAGAGUCAGGGUCAGGAAUGCACGAGCCGAGGGGUCAACAGUGAUGGAUAGAUGGAAUCCUCCCUGGACGCUGGCCAUGGAGAAGGGAGAAAGAAGCAGGAAGGGGCUUGACUUGCAUGUUCCCUGACCUUAUACUGGGCUUAUGUAGAUACAUGGAAUGGAAUACUCUGGUAAAUUUUGCUGUCUGUCUAGUCCACUCCUCCCUGUGGGAGAACUGCAGAUACGACUAUUCUGCUCCUGUAGCAUCUGAGGCCGCAGAUUGAACAAGUAGAGCAAAGUGACCUUGACAUCUCAGCAGUAAUAUAAGCAGUCCAGCAUUAUCAGUCCACUAGCUGGAAAACUCGCUGAAGAAAAAAAAAAUCAGUACUAAGAAAAUUGGCUUUAUCCAGGCUCAAACCAGGACAGUCACUUAGUACUCAUUUUAUCAUUGUCACCAAAUACUCAUUUUCAUCACAAAUUCAGUUUGAAAGUAGUGCUCAGAAUGCUUUCUCUUUUUUUCUAAAGCCUCAAUAUUUUUGUUUCUUGUGCCUUUUUCAGUCAAUAAAGUUCUCAGCUUGCAAUA